AUGGAGGGAAGUGAUAUAUACAAAGCAAGUAAUAGUCUACGAGGAAGCAGUUCUAGGAGAAACAGUAACAUGGAUGUUUUCUCCAGGUCCUCGCGGCAUGAAGAAGACGAUGAGGAAGCUCUGAAAUGGGCUGCACUUGAAAAACUUCCUACUUACAAUCGUUUGAGGAAAGGGUUGUUGACCACAUCUCGUGGAGUCUCCAAUGAGAUUGAUAUAACUGAACUUGGGUUUCAAGAAAGACAGAAGCUGCUAGAUAGGUUGAUCAAUGUCGUUGAAGAAGACAAUGAAAAGUUUUUGUUGAAGCUCAAGCAACGAAUUGAUAGAGUUGGGAUUGAUAUUCCAACAAUAGAAGUUAGAUUUCAACACCUAAAUGUUGAGGCAGAGGUUUAUGUGGGAAGCAGAGCUUUGCCCACUUUCCUGAAUUUUGCUACUAAUAUGGUGGAGAAAUUCUUUGCUUCUCUCCAUAUUCUCUCAGGAAAAAAGAAACAUGUGACUAUCCUAAAAAAUGUUAGUGGAAUCAUCAAACCUCGCAGGAUGACACUAUUACUUGGUCCUCCAAGUUCCGGAAAGACCACACUCCUUUUGGCCUUGUCAGGAAAGCUAGAUCCAAAUCUGAAGGUGUCUGGGAAAGUGACUUAUAAUGGGCAUGGAAUGGACGAGUUUGUACCUCAGAGAACUGCUGCAUAUAUUAGCCAGCAUGAUGUUCAUAUUGGAGAAAUGACCGUAAGGGAAACCUUGGCUUUCUCAGCAAGGUGCCAAGGAGUUGGAUCACGUUAUGACAUGUUAUCUGAAUUGUCUAGAAGAGAAAAAGAAGCUAAUAUUAAGCCGGACCCAGAUAUUGAUGUCUUCAUGAAGGCAACUGCAACUGAAGGCCAGGAAGCAAGCCUGGUAACAGAUUAUGUACUGAAGAUUUUGGGGUUGGAUAUAUGUGCUGAUACUAUGGUUGGGAAUGAAAUGCUGCGUGGUAUCUCGGGAGGACAAAGGAAGCGAGUUACUACAGGGGAAAUGCUGGUUAGACCAGAAAAUGCCCUGUUCAUGGAUGAAAUAUCCACUGGCUUGGACAGUUCCACAACUUUUCAAAUUGUGAACACUCUUCGGCAAUAUGUUCACAUUUUUAAUGGAACCACAAUUAUCUCUCUGCUCCAGCCAGCACCGGAGACUUAUGAGCUUUUUGAUGACAUUAUUCUUGUCUCUGAUGGUGAAAUUGUCUACCAAGGACCCCGUGAAUAUGUUCUCGACUUUUUCGAAUCUAUGGGUUUUAAGUGUCCUGAGAGGAAAGGUGUUGCUGACUUCCUUCAAGAAGUAACUUCAAGAAAGGAUCAAGAACAGUAUUGGGUGCACAGAGAUGAACCAUACAGGUUUGUAACUGUAACUCAAUUUGCCGAGGCAUUUCAAUCAUUCCACAUUGGAAGGGGAAUUGGAGAUGAGCUUGCGAUUCCGUUUGACAAGUCUAAGAACCACCCAGCUGCAUUAACCACUAAAAAGUAUGGUGUUAACAAGAAGGAGCUAUUAAAGGCUAACUUCUCAAGAGAGUAUUUGCUUAUGAAAAGAAAUUCAUUCGUUUACAUCUUCAAGCUAUGCCAACUUGCUACAAUGGCAAUAUUUUCAAUGACACUCUUUCUACGAACUGAGAUGCACCGGGAUUCCUUGAAUGAUGGAGGUGUAUAUGCUGGUGCUCUAUUUUUCUCAGUAAUAAUGCUCAUGUUUAAUGGAAUGGCUGAGCUUUCAAUGACCAUUGUAAAGCUUCCUGUUUUCUACAAGCAACGAGACCUUCUAUUUUAUCCUUCAUGGGCAUAUGCCAUUCCCUCAUGGAUCCUCAAGAUCCCUAUUACAUUUGUAGAAGCUGCUGUUUGGGUAUUUCUCACCUAUUACGUGAUUGGAUUUGAUCCAAAUGUUGGCAGAUUGUUAAAGCAGUACCUUGUGCUAGUAUUGAUAAACCAAAUGGCUUCUGGAUUGUUUCGAGCUAUUGCAGCAUUGGGAAAGAACAUGACUGUGGCUAACACAAUUGCGUCCUUUGCACUUCUCAUACUUUUUGCAUUGGGCGGCUUCGUUCUGUCAAGAAAGGAUAUCAAGAGAUGGUGGAUUUGGGGUUACUGGAUUUCGCCUUUAAUGUAUGGGCAAAAUGCUAUAAUGGUGAAUGAAUUCCUUGGAAAUAGUUGGAACCAUUUUACCCCAUAUUCAAAUAUGACACUGGGAAUUCAAGUUUUGGAGUCUCGUGGGUUCUUCACAGAUGCAUAUUGGUAUUGGAUAGGGAUUGGAGCAUUGAUUGGAUUUAUGUUCCUUUUCAACAUUAUAUACACUGUGGCUCUCACUUACCUCAAUCCAUUUGAGAAGCCACAUGCAACAAUAACUGAAGAAUUAGAAGGCAAUACGCAUAAUGAAAGAGACAGAGAAGUUGAAUUACCGCAACUAGAAAGAUAUGGAAGAGCUAAUGCUAUUGUGGUUUCCAACAACAGAGAGAGAAGAGGAAUGGUUCUUCCUUUUGAACCAUAUUGUAUCACCUUUGAUCAAAUUUCAUACUCGGUUGACAUGCCACAGGAAAUGAAGGAUCAAGGUGUAAUGGAGGACAGGUUAGUGCUUUUGAAGGGCGUUAGUGGUGCAUUUAGGCCUGGUGUUCUUACAGCCUUGAUGGGUGUAAGUGGAGCUGGCAAAACUACUUUGAUGGAUGUUUUAGCUGGUAGGAAAACUGGUGGGUAUAUAGAUGGAAGCAUAAAAGUUUCUGGCUAUCCGAAAAAGCAAGAAACAUUUGCUCGGAUCUCUGGUUACUGUGAGCAGAAUGAUAUCCAUUCUCCUCAUGUAACUGUCCACGAGUCCUUGCUUUACUCAGCAUGGCUUCGUUUACCAGCAGAAGUUGAUUCCAAUACUAGGAAGAUGUUCAUUGAGGAAGUCAUGGAACUCGUGGAACUGAAACCAUUGAGGAACUCACUGGUUGGUUUGCCAAGUGUAAAUGGUCUUUCAACUGAACAACGCAAGAGGCUAACUAUUGCAGUUGAAUUAGUGGCUAAUCCAUCCAUAAUUUUUAUGGACGAACCAACUUCUGGAUUAGAUGCAAGAGCUGCAGCAAUUGUUAUGAGAACUGUCAGAAACACUGUUGACACGGGAAGAACAGUUGUUUGCACUAUCCAUCAGCCGAGCAUUGACAUAUUUGAAGCUUUUGAUGAGUUAUUCUUGAUGAAGCGCGGAGGGAAGGAAAUAUAUGUUGGGCCAUUGGGUCGUCAUUCUAAUCAAUUGAUCAAGUAUUUUGAGAGCAUUGAUGGGGCUAGUAAAAUCAAAGAUGGGUAUAACCCAGCAACUUGGAUGUUGGAAGUUACAACUUCAGCUCAAGAACUUACUUUAGGUGUUGAUUUUCAUGAGAUAUACAAGAACUCUGAGCUAUAUAGGAGAAACAAGCAACUUAUAGCAGAACUGAGUAACCCAGCUCCUGGUUCAAAGGAUCUUCAUUUCCCAACUAAAUACUCCCAGUCACUUUGGGUCCAAUGCCUGGCUUGCUUAUGGAAACAACAUUGGUCAUAUUGGCGCAAUCCGCCAUACACUGCUGUGAGGUUUUUCUCCACUACUAUCAUAGCCUUGCUUUUAGGAACAAUGUUCUGGGACCUCGGAAGCAAACACUCAAACAGACAAGACCUGUUUAAUUCCAUCGGUUCAAUGUAUAAUGCUGUUAUCUUCCUUGGGGUCCAGAAUGCUGCUUCUGUACAACCAGUGGUAGCAGUUGAAAGAACUGUCUUUUAUAGAGAAAGAUCUGCGGGAAUGUAUUCUGCCUUACCCUAUGCACUUGCACAGGUUAUAAUAGAGCUACCUUAUGUUUUUGCCCAAUCUGCAACAUAUGGUGUCAUAGUUUAUGCCAUGAUUGGAUUUGAGUGGACUGCAGGAAAAUUCUUUUGGUAUAUGUUUUUCAUGUACUUCACAUUGUGCUACUACACCUUCUUUGGCAUGAUGGCUGUGGCAGUUACCCCAAAUCACCAUGUUGCUGCAAUUGUGGCUGCUGCAUUUUAUGCCAUUUGGAACCUCUUUUCAGGAUUUGUCGUCCCUCGACCUAGAAUUCCUGUAUGGUGGAGGUGGUACUAUUGGGCAUGUCCUCUGGCCUGGACCAUAUAUGGGUUGGUUACAUCACAAUAUGGAGAUAUAACCAACAUGAUGGAAUCAGAAAAUAUGUCAGUGCAAGAGUUCAUAAGAAAUUAUUUUGACUUCAAGCAUGACUUCAUAGGAGUUUGUGCAGUUGUGGUUUUUGGGACCGGAGUGCUGUUUGCAUUUAUUUUUGCUGUCUCAAUCAAGAUCUUCAACUUCCAAAGGCGAUAAAUUAGACUCUUUCAGCCAUGUCCAAGGAUUCUUUACAUCUUCAAACAAUUUGAUUUUUUACUUUUGUGUGCCCUAUUAAUACUUAUAUCUAUCAU